AUGAUGACAACGGUCAGAGAAAACAACUCUUUUUUUGCCAUAUUUUGGCCAAUUCCGCUUUGAGCCGUUAUAGAAAUAAUGUCCUUUACAGUAAAAAAGCCAGAAUAAAAGUUCUCGUGCAAAAACUUGCAAAAAAGUUUCGUAUUUUUACCAUCUUCCGGUCUGAAAAUUACGGUUAUUUCUGGAACAUGCGGUCUAGAAAUCAUGCAAAUUUCUGAGGACUAUGUUGCCUUAAUUUUUGAAAAUUGUCAUCAAGAUUUGAACCUUACACUUUUAGCUCUGUUCCUUUUAAAAAUCACAUAUCUAUUCUUUUUCACAUCAUCAACUUUUGUUCAAAAUCACAGUGCCUUUUAGACUUCCCGGCGAUCCCAAUAACACUCACCGGUUACAAUGGAAAAGCCGCCUCCUACGAUCUGGAAUUGGAUCUCGAAAGUCCGUUAACUCUUGUCUUCGGCGAGGAGUGUCAAGAAGCCGGUUUCUGCACGCAACGCGCAGUAAAACCGUUCCAUCCGACCAUGAAGACUUAUGAAUACGACCUCUUCGACACUUCGCUGAAUCGCGCGUCCCAAUUCCGCGGGCGAAUGCAUCGAGAGAAAGUCGAGGUAAUAGAGACCGAACUUCUUGUAGUCCAUGAUAAAGAUCGUAAAAAUUACAGGCCCAGUUAACAGGGGAAGUACUCAAAGUGAGAGGUUUAGAUUUUGAUGAAACUUGGCAUUAGUUUGGAGUAUUUUUUUUGUGAGAUACAAUGCAAGAUUUCUCGGCAGAAACUGCCGAGAUCUUUAGCUCAAAAUUUUGCCAAAAUAAGACACUUUUUGGUAAGCUUCGACAGUAAAAAGUUUCAUACAUAUUUCUACUGUAGAGAGUAAUAUUUCCACAAAAAAUCAGUUUUUUCCAUACGAAGCUGACAAAGAUAUGGCCAAAAAUUGUUUUUAUCCCGCUAUGUUACCACUGACCCCUUCUUCAAAAAAUAUGGCCGUCUAUCUCUAGGCAUCUUUUCGGUAAAUGAUUACCAUUCAUUUCAGAUCGGAGCCAUCUCCAAAAACCUUAGUAUUGGCGUCGCCCUGUCCCUUCAAAACAUGAACAACCCGGCCGAACUUAAUGCCGAUGGCAGUCUUGGUCUGGGUUUCCUAAACCGUCGAGUCGCGAUAAUCGAUCAUUUAUUUGAACAUGCUGGAAAACCGGAGGAAAGGAAAAGUCUGAUCAUCAAACAGAGCAGAUAUUCACCAGUCUGGAGUACCGUAAGCAACAAUUUGAUUUUUUUUUAAAAAAAAUAAAAAAAAAUUUUGUUCAGAAAGAAAAAGAGCAUUUUUACCCCGAACAAGAAGGUCAAAUAUUUCUUGCCGCAGGCGAGAAUGUUGCUGGAUGCGAUGACUUUGAUUGGUUCGACACCAUGAGCAACAAUGGGACUCCUUCUUGGUAUCUUAAUGGAAGGUAUGUUAUAAUAUUCUCACUCGGCUACCUUGUUUUUUGAUAGAGAAAAAUUUUACAAGAUUUCUACAUCUACAUAUAGGGGUGGUGCGAUUUAAAAUUUUUCGUCUUGACUGGCAAAAACCCCCGAUUUCUUGGCUGUAGGGCCUCCAGCCAAGAAUUUGGUAUUCUUGGCUGAAAUUCAGGCAGAAAUUUUUGCCCAAAAUUUGGUCAAGAAAUCCCUUUUUUUGACUAAAUUUUAGUCGAUUUUUUUUUGGCUGGACCAAAAAAUUUUGGCUGAAAUUCAGCCAGAAAUCUCAGAGUUCUUGGCUGAACUUUCAGCCAAGCCUUUUUUGGCUCAGCCAAACAAAUUUGGCUGAAAUUCAGCCCGAAUUUGUUUGUCUGAAUCUCAGCCAGGCUUUUUUGGCUGCGCAAAAAUAUUUUGACUCAAAUUCAGCCAGAAAUCUUCGAUUUCUUGGCUGGAUUUUGGAUAAAACUUCUGAACUUCAAACAAAACAAGAUGCCCUAAAAAUGAGAUUCGUAUGUAUUCCGGAAAAAAUUACAACUGUCGUUAGUGUGGCUUCAUACCCGUUCAUCCAAAUGUUGAUGCGCCGGUUGUCAGUUGUAGACAGCAAGCUGGACUAUUUUUCUUGCGGUCGGGUCGUUGGAUUUUGAAGGGACGGGUCCAAUCAGAAGUUGUUUGCAGCGCACAUCUCAGAAGGGAGCUGUAUUACAUCAGGUUCGUAGAUUACGUGCUGUAAUUUAGGCAUAAACAAUGUUUCCCGGCGACAGGUAAGCUAUUUUCACUUCUCUUUGCCCUUUUUUAGGUAAAAUUCGACAGAAAAUAAAAGGCUCGAGAGAAAUCGACUGAGUACCUCUAGUUUACGAUCUAAAAAAUAGCUAACAUAAAGAUGUUCCAACUUUUGCCCGUUUUUUCUCUUGUCCCUAGCGAAAAAAGACAAAAACCAUCAUUUUUGCCCUUGGAUAACAUACUUUUACCUAAAAGAAAAGGAAAGCAUAAUCAACUUACAAAUUGAACGCGGGUAACGUGGACAGGUCGGCCAAAAAAUGACUGGUCGAAUAACAACAGGUUCAAAACAUUUCCUGUCAAAAACGUAGAAAUCUCACGAAACGCGAGAACUCGAAACAUGCAAAAAAACGAAAACUUCUGGCCGAAAAUGGGAAUUUUUUCGCGCUGGGAUCAAACACAAUCAGGAACGAAAAUGCACGAUGUCGUGCUCCUUUCUUGUUUUUAUUGUUUGGACACUUGAAUUUCCACGCGUUUUCAGCUAAUUUUUUUAGUUUUUUUUUUUAUUUCUCUGUGUUUUAGAUGUUUCCUGCCAAAUAACUCGGGUAUCGGCAGGUAAAGCUCAAAAAUACCUUUGGAGACCUGUGGAACAACAAAAUGGAACUUGCCUUGUCCCGUUCACCAUUGGAACUCCAGUUUCUCACCCAGAAAGGUCACGUCCAAGAAGAAAACAAAUUGUGAGUACUAUUUAUUUGAUUUUUGAGGUUUUAGCUAAACUGCCCGUUCGAGGAGACGAGUUUCGUGCUGCAUGAGCUUUCUGGUCAAUUCCUGAUGUCAAAAGGGAGCGUAUUAGGUAACUUUGACGUUUCAAAAUGUUUUACUUGCCAUGUGCAAUAUAACUUUUGGUCGAAAAAACUUCUUCAAGUCCACAUUUCCGUUGAAAACAACAAGGAAUCAAGCCCCAAGUACAUACACGUAUAGUUUCCUCACGAUUUUUGGCAAAUGGCGCUUGACUAUACCUUGUUUUAGGCUGUUUCGGCUAAAACAAGAUCUAUAUCGUUUGCCAAGCUUUUAGGCUAUAAUCAAUUUUUUAUUAUUAUGUGAUAAAUCUUGAUCUUUCGCUAUUUUAUUAAAUACCAUCAAAUUUACUGCGCUUUUCAACGCCAAUAAAUACAAAAAAAAAAUUCCCAGUCAAAUAGUUUGACUGAAUGUCAGUCAGUUUUUUUUUUGGCUGAGCCAAGAAAUUUUGGCUGAACUACAGCCAAGAAGUCUUCGAUUUCUUGGCUGAGUUGCCAGCCAAUUUCUUUUUGACUGAACAGAAACAUUUUGUCUACUGUUCAGACAGAAAUCUUUGAUUUCUUGUCUGAGUUUCAGGCAAGAAUUUGCUGUCUGAAAUUCAGCCAACAAUUUUUGAUUUCUUGGCUGGUUUACAGUCAAAAAUAAGCAAGCAGUCAAGAAACGAAAUAUUGCUGUCUGAAUUUCAGUCAAGAAUAUCAAAUUCUUGGCUGGAGGCCCUACAGCCAAGAAAUCGGGGGUUUUUGCCAGUCAAGACGAAAAAUUUUAAAUCGCACCACCCCUAUAUUUCAGUAUCACCGUUCUAAAUCGCACCGAAUACACGAAAAUUUCGUUCAUUCCAAGUGCAUUUACCAAGUCCAAGAAGCUGAAAAGUAUGAUUCCCAUGGACAUCGAAGAGGACACCGCUUUCCCGAACAUUACCAUACGAAUUGAGGACUCCGAAUACGUCAUGACACAUGAGGAUUAUGUCACACUUCCGAUGAAAGGCGCCGAGCAUUUGCAUCGCUCGGUGUUUGCGGAUUCCCGAAACGAAAACAUCACUCUGUUCGGGAUGGAUAUGUUGCAUCGUUAUUGUGUUGCGCUGUCCAAAGCGUCUGAUGGGACGUAUCAACUUGGGUUGGCAGUGAAUAACGGAAGCGGGACGCUUAGUUGCGGCAUUUUCACGGGUUUUCUUGCAUUUAUUUUGGUUUACUGUAAUUACAGUGGUUUUGGAUCGUAGUAAAAAUAUUUUUAGAACCUUGUAUCUAUUUUUUAUUUCUUAUCCACAAAAAUCAUCCAGGAUAAACUGGAUUUUGACUGGAAUCAAAGCCGAGAGCGAAACUUGGCACUGAGCCAAGUCCCCCUCUCGGUAUAUUUUUUACUCGCUUUUUAAAAAGUAGUUAUUUUACACAUUCCUGAUAUCGUGGCCGAUAUCAGGAAUGUAAACAGUACAACAACCGGCCUCAUCUCGUAGCUGAGUGUUGAAAUUCGUUUCGGUCGGGAGAAUGGGCAGUCUCUUGUCGACAAAGGUUGCUUUAUUUCAGACAAGAGACACAUGUUUUGUAUGUCGAAUGAGUCGUAUCAAAGGCAGAAUGUUUUUACAAAAAAAAGUAAUUAAAAAACUGAAUAGUCCUUUUCUUUUUGAAUACUGUAAGCAAUGUAUUGGACUAAAAUUUAAUUAGUUUUCGAUUGCUUCUCAAAAGCUAUCUGUCCAUCUUGAAUUUACAAUAAAAUUAUGAAACCCUGUGAUACCCUACAGCCAAAGUUCACACAUAUAAAUUCUUCGGAAUUCAAGAAAUUUCAACACUUAGUUGCGACAUGUGGCCGGUCUCUGUACUCUUCACAUUCCUCAUAUCUGCCAUGGCCGUUCCUGUUCCAGCGGUCGACAGUCAGGUUUCCCACAACGCUGUCGCGAAAAACGUUGUUCGACUCGGCAAUUUCUGCUCUGGAGUGCUGCUUUCAGAGCGCAUAGUGCUGACGGCCGCUCAUUGUUUUGACCCCCCGCGAAAGUACGAGUACGUGAUUGGACGACAUUACAAAGAGUCGAACUUUUUCGGCAUGUGAGCGUCGUACGCGAGAAGCUUCUACUCUUAGUAUAAAAAGUGCAUUUUCAGAGGGACCAACUUUACGGUGACUCUUGGAGACCACCAAAGCGGUGUUGCGAAGAUCCACAUAAACUCCAGAUACUUAUUUGUUGUAAGUUAUGUAUACCAUUCCCUAAGAUUUUUUAUGAAAUUCGGCACAUACUUUUAUUAAUUUUUUCUUAAAAAAAUACGAGACGCCUAGCUCGCGCUUUGAAGCAACGACCGAGUACGGGAAAAUUUUAAAGAAAAUCUGAAGCAGUGCCGUUGCAAAAAGUAACAAUUUGGACUAUAGAUUUGUUUACUAAACUUAACUCACUGGUCGGCUGGGACUAAAGUAUGCAGCAUACCAUAAGGUUUUAUGUAUUAAACUCCAUUUUGAGUGCCUACGACCAGAAGGGAGAAAUCCUGGAUUUCUGGGGGUUGGUAUGCUGUUGAAAGAAUGACAAUUUCAAAGUUAAGUUGAACUCUUAAACUAAACCCUAGAAAUAUGUAAAAACUUUAGCCCGGCUGUCAUGACACUGCGAUUGUUCUUCUGAAAGAUCCCAUACACGUGCCACAACAGAUACCUCUUGCCUGUGGGAUCGAAUGGGCUUCCAAUUGCAGUGGGUACGGCUACGGUGUCACAGAGAGUAAGCGGUUUAGCAUAUGUAGGUUAGAAACAUGCACUUUCUUUGCAGAUUCAAACGAUAAAAUGGUCCGUGAAGUGCGCGAGGUUGGUUUCAAAGACGUGGUAGGAGGGGCAGAUGCUUGUUACAACACAACAUACGUGUCCAAGGCAAAACUUUGCAACGUAAGAACAUUGCAGGCCUUGGUUUCCUUGGUCAAUAGUGUAAAUAUUAGAAAAUAUUUAUUAUAAGUAAAUAUUAGGUCGUCCAGAAAGUUCGUUCGUUUUUUUAAUUGCUUUGUUUUACAAGGAUUGUUUGUUCUUUGGCAAAUGGAAUAUGUAUAUUUAUUUGAUACAGCAUUUUCUCCUCUACAAGACUGGCUGUAUCAAAUAAAUAUAUACCUUUUGCCAAACAACAAACAAUCCUCGUAAAGCAAAGCAAUGAAAUAAACGAACGAACUUUCUGGACAACCUAAUACCACUAAAUUCCAGGGAGAUUCCGGAGGUCCGGCCAUCUGCAAUGUCGGCGGACAAUCCGCGAUUAUUGGAGUUGAUACAACCUUGUUAAAUUCCUUUGGACCGGGCAAAGUGCCAAAAUGCAGAAGCGCAACAGGGUUUGAGAUGACCAAUUCCCUUGGAGUGCUUGAGUUGAUCGAUCAGAUCCCCGAUGAUGACCAAAAGUACAUUUUGAACAACAUUAAGACUGUCGGCUGCUAUAAUUAG